UUCACUAUCAGAGCAGUUAUCGGCAGCUACUUUUGCAAAACUUUACUUAUCGAGAAUCACACAUUACGUGUUCAAUUAUCAUCAUGCGUCGCAUUCGAAGAGGUACAGGAGGCAUGACACCGAGAAGAUUACAACCUCGGGCCAUCAUGGAAGUAAGAGAUGUGGCCGGAAUAAACACAUCAGCAGACAAACGAUUGGCACCAGAAAAACCGGUUACCCAACGAAAACGACGUAAAUUGGACAAUGAUGGCACGAUUUUCAAAGUUGUGCGAAACAAACGAAAUCAUACCGCAUCUAUUUUGAAGCUCAAUGACCAUUGCUUCGAUCAAAUAUUCGAUUGGCUAUCUGUGAAAGAUCUAAAUUCAUUUAGUAAAACAUGUACACGACUACAACAAAUUGGCAGGCAAUAUUUUCAACGCAAUUAUCGUGAUUUGAUUCAUUUUGAUCGUAAAACACCUUGUUUGAACAAUGUCAAAUAUAUUGAUAGUUUCGCUGGUUUUUAUCAAAAUAUUGUCAUCGCAAAAGGUGAUGAGUAUAAAGUAUAUGAAUACAUCAACUCACACCGCAAUCAAUCGAUUAAACGGAUUAAAUUCACAAACUAUACUCUAACAACACACAAAAUCAAUAACAUCAGACACAUUUUGGAUGGUGUAGAAGUACUACAAUUAUACCGUUGCACCAUUGCAGAUGAAUUAUAUGAAUGCAUUCUGGGACAUUGUGUUAAUUUGAAAAAUUUGAGCAUUGAUAACGGAGCAUUCGAACUAUUUCCAGAAAAUGACAAAUGGCUGCAAAAAAAGUAUCCAACACUCGAACACUUUGAAUUGAUUGAGUUGACACACAUCGAAUCACAAUGGGAACCGAAAAUGGACCAAAUGUUAAAGUUUCUUGAGCUUAAUCCAAAUAUACGAAGCCUCAGUGUUACUUCUAGAAAUCUGAUGAAAUUUGUCGAUCUGGUGAAGGAAACAAACAUACGACUCGAUGAACUUACCGUCACUCUCUCAUCUCAAUCAGGUCAAUACCGAAUAAUACCUUAUGUUAAACAGACGGACCUCAUAAGUCUUGUAAACGGAUUGUAUGAACUCGGUUUUUACAAACGAUUAAAUUUAUUGAAUGUACCCCGAUUGGACAAAGAAAUUGUUGCGGUGAAUGGAUUUAAAAGUGUCUAUCCUAGAAUAUUAGAUAAUAAUGUAAAUCUGGACAAUGUUAAGGAACUUUGGCUUAAAUGCUAUUUUAUGAAUGAAAUUAACAAAACCCUCGAUCUUGUCGCAGCAAAAUUGGUGAAUCUUGAAAGGGUCUGGUUGAGUAGAUUGUUAACUGCUGCAGAUGAAAUUGCGAUAUUUGUAAAAUAUGCACCAAAAUUGAAGGAGAUUUAUGUGGAUAAAAUUUAUGGUAAAAAACUAGACCUGACAACAUUGAAUAAGGAACGUGAAAAACUACGAGGUGCCAGAAAGGUUACUAUUUACGUCGAUGAAAAAACUUUCUUAGAAACAAAAUGGAAUAACAAAUCAAUAGAUCUCAGCUUGGUCACAUUGAAACGCAAAGAAUCGUAUCAAUUCAAAUAUUUGUAUCCAUUUGACAACGUAUAAUAUCGAAUGUCAUGAUUCUAAAUCGAUUUAUAGAGAUAAUUUAUUCAUUCAACCCAAUUUUAUGAUGUUAUUCAAAACAUUACACAACAAUUUUGAUUUUAUUAUGAGAAAACGAAA